UGCAAGCCCUGCAGGGGGGAGACCGUCAGCCACAAUAUUCAUGGCCCACCUGGGGCAUCGACGUCACGGGCACGUCAUGCUGCUGCAUGUAGCUGAAAUGAAGUUCAUCACAACACAACAUGGAUUCCAAUCGCUUGACAUAGACAUCCUCUGACAUCCACUUUGUACUUUCUUCAACCCAUUGUUCUUUGUUUUCACGUCAAAAUUUUGUCGCAAUGCCUUUCAACCCCAUCGACGAUGCUCAGGAUUUUACCAGAAUCAUCAACAGCGGUAAAACUGUGGUGAUAGAUUUCCACGCAGACUGGAGUGGAUGGUGUCGGUCGACCUCUCAGCGGUUCUCCGAGCUCUCUGACACGUUUGUUCGCAUCGGCGUGGAUUUCUAUCGCGUGAACGUGGAUGAACUGGAGGAUGUGGUGUUGGAGGCUGAUGUGCGCGUUGUGCCUACAUAUAUGGUGUUCAAGGACGGGAAGAAGGUUGGGCAUUCCACGGGCGUGGAUGGGUUGAGUCUACACAAAUUGAUGGGGUCGUACGUGACGGGAUGGACAGGAUGCGAAGUCGUUGCUUAGGUGGAGACAAUCAAUUGUAUGAAACGAUGGGAUCGACUUGUUAUAAUAUGAAUUGUAUAAGUUACAGCAUUUAUGAUACACUUUACCUGGCAUGCACUUCGCGCGAGGCGGACGCCACGAAGAGGAAUCCCACUAGUGUGAAAGGAAGUCCGCCGGCAUGGGAAGCAACGUGUCUCGAUGGAAAGCUGUAAUCGCGAGUCAUAUCAAAAAAACGACCACUUCGCGUGUUCUCUUCUACCGCGGCUACGCAUCGAGGUUCCUAAGUGUAUACCAGGUGAAUCAAGAGCGCUAUUGGGAUCCAUUGGAAAUGAAUGCGGGGAGGAGUGACCGGGGAGGAUCUGCUGGGCUUCGUCAUGGCCAGCAGUAGCUGAAUCCAUUUUUUUUUUGAUUCGUAGGUUUUGAAACGUUGGUCAAUUCAACGAAACAUUGAUCAGGCGUAUGCAAGGCGAUAAGUCUAGGCGGUUUCGGGUAAAUCG